AUGGCAUAUUUCUUAACGCCUGAAGAAGUAUCACCGAUUGAAGCAAUCAUCCGGAAUCGUAUUAAUUUUUGCUUCCGAUUCUUAGUUGCUUUAUUUUUCAAUUACCAGACAUUCGACUUCAUGUUCAGUCCAGUUUGGAUCCAUGGAUACAUUUGGUCAUUGAAUCAAAAAGUUGAUCUUGAACUGAGCACCAAAUCAGCUGGUGACAUCUUUCAACACCAAUUAUCAAUUUGCGGCUAUUCCGAGCGUAUCAUUUACUCCACUCUCCUUGUUUUCAUUAUAUGGAUCUUCUUACUAAUUUCUGGUUUUCGAAAUAAUCGAACAGUCUGGCGACUUCUGCGCCUUUCAAUAAUGAUCGGAGUACUCACUGCUAUUUUGCGUUGCUUACAAAUGAAACAACGCCUCUACUCGGCUAUACAUGAGGGAUUUUACGCAUAUUUCCUUAUAUUCUCUACAGGAUUGAUACUAACAUUACAAGUGAACGAAAGGAUAACUGUUUCAAGUAUGGAAUUGAAAUCGGAUGAAGUGCCUUUGAUCAUAAAACCUAAUGUGGCGAUGUUUACGCCAAAAAAAUUAUUAUGA